CGUGCCUUGUGCAGUUUUGUUUCAUUACACCGCGACUCUUUACACCGAAAGGAACCAUGAAAAAGGCUUUUGCUGCACUCUUAGCUCUCUCCAUCGUUUAUGGACUUUGCAGUGCAAAACGGUGAGACGCAUUCAUUUUCACUGUAUGUAAGAUUACUGAUAGGAGAACCAUGGUUAAAAUGCAUAGGCAAUCAUAAAUUAAUGAUUGAAUCAGGUAGAUACGACCAGAACAGAGAGAGAUUAGACCUGGUCUACAAGCUAUACUUUCUGCAGAUCGGACUGAAGACGAAUUUCACUCUCUCUUCACUUGUCCUAAGUAUUCUACUCUAACGGACAAAUUUUAAAAAAAGGACCUUCAUUUUCAAAAUGUCGAACAAAUUUUUUUUCAGUAGAAAUAACGAUGAAAUUUGACAUACCCUUCCCUGCCAGGUUUACGCGGUAAAUUUUUACAACUUUAGCAUAAUGAUAAGCUUAAUCUUUCCUGCUACCUGAAAUUAUUUGUCAUGUAAAAUGUUCUUCCAUUUUGUUUUCUUUGGUAAGUUUUAUGGGAUUUGUCCAUACUGUAUAUUCUGUAUAUUCAUAACGCUACGUGUUGUGGUUUUGAGCGGCCUAAAAAGUACCCGGCCAGCUAAAUUGUGCGCUUCUUCUUCGGUGUGUUUAUCAUUUUAAACUUUCGCACGUCAACCUGAUAUUUUCUUUUAAACGUUACCCUCGCUAAUUCUCAGAUGUCUGAUUGUUGCCUGCUUCCUGUGUAUUUCUCUCUGUCGCAAUCGCAACUGCUGUAUGAGCGUAUACUCAAGGGCUGAUUUAGCGGAGAGUACAUACCGCAGCCCCUUCUUAAUGCUGUUUAAUUUCUAAAGAAUUCUUUCGAAGCUGCGUCCUCCAGAGCCUUAAUUUUUGGACAAAACGCCGUGCGAGAGUUCUUUAAGCAAGUAUCUGUUUCUAAAAAGCUGGUACACCACAAGCCUAGACCACUUUUUCUGAAUUUUCUGGAUCUACCCCUGAUGAUGACAGCUGUUCAGAAAUCUUCGGCUAUUUACGAGAAGAAGACCUUAACAUGGGCGUACAUUCUUGGGCUGCUGGGGGCUGUAGAUUCCCGAAAGGCAAUAUCCCGGAGGACCGUACCGCCAUAUAUGGGAUAUGUAUAUAGAUAUGUGCCGCUGUGAAGUUUAGUCUGGGAUAGGUAUAGAAAUCAGAGAGUUUAAAACUAGAAUAGGGUAUCAUCUUCCAAAAAACUGAUAAAUUGGUUGAAGAUUUUAGUCUAGACUAUGGACGGCGAGCGAUGAAAGGAAGCCGUGUUGCAAGCUAUUUAUAGUCAAGUUGAUACUAAUUUCUUUAAUAUUUUCAACACAAAUUUGUCAAAUGACCCGUUAAUUAAAGAAAAGAGUGUUCAAAAUCAUCUACUAUAGGAACUCACUGGAAUUCAGCUACGACUAAUCCCGGCCUCAGAAAUAUACUACUUACUGACAAUGAAAUUAAUUAACGUGCUGCCUCUGAAUGAGAUUAUGAAAAGGAUAAGCUCCAAUCUUGGACAUACAAAUACAACUCGUAAAUAUAACUGCUUCUGUCUGAACAGGGUCAAAGGCCUAAGACAGCUCUUUAUUUAAGCUCAUUUAAUUUCAAGGCUAGGCAUUAAAAUUCACUAAAAGACAGACAGAUUAUAAAUAGCUACGAAAACCAGAGAAAACAAUCUUUCUUUCCCCCCAUUGCUUGAACGAAUCUUGAUAAUUUAUCGAUCUGAAGAAAACAAAAAUGGAAAAAGGUUGUUUAGUGUAAUUAAUGCUUUCAUCUGCGGGAGUUUAUGUAAUUUGUUUUUGCGUUUGCUCUGGUCUCGGAUUCCAUGAAUCACUUUAGGUUGACGGAGUUGAUUACGUCGUGAUACUUGAUCUCUUCCACAGGCUAGCGUUUCCGCUCGAGUUAAUGCGCGAAAGCUGGUACGAGAACAAAACAAGAAAAAAAGAGGAAACAGUUUUUUGCUCUCGCUCCAAGUUUUUGCGCACGGAAACGCUUGCUACACAGGCUACCCAUAGGCCACCUUGUCGAGCCUUGGCUGCAUGUCGAUAGGAAACCUUCCGGCAGUGAACAUAAAUUUCCGCUCCUGAAUUUGUAGGAAAAUAAGCCGGUGUACGAUCAACUUUGGCCGUGCCUUCUAGAUUCAGGAAGAUUGUAUCGUCAAGAGCAAGGUGCAAUUAUCACAGGAUCCGUUCAAAAGACAUUUAAUCUCGAGAAAAUAAAAUUUUAAGGGAAUCUAUAUCGAGUGGUUUCCAAAAAACAUAGCUCAUUUGUAAAGGUAAAACAAAAUACAUUUACAUAGAGCACCUCAAUUAAUGCUUAUCAAAUCCCUCUUUCUAGCAAUGUUUUCACACUCCUUUUUAAAGAGAUUUAAACUAUUUUUGUCCAUUGAAACUGCAUUUCAAAAGAGCUUCAUUUCGAGCACAAUAGCGGUAGUAGUGACAGCAACAAACCUAUUUUUUCUUCUAUAGACUGCAAUCCUCUAAUGACACCUUUUGCCAGCGUUUUCCAAAGGAUGUUGUGAUUGGUUUUGGUAAGUUUUCUGUCUGAUUAUAAAACCCUACCAGCAUUUCAUCCCAGUGAGCACACACAAGUAAAUGAAGACGAGAAAAAAAGUUCAUCAGAUAUCGAGUUUAUGUCCUGAGUUUGUGCCUCCGACUGUGUUUACAGCAAUGCGGAAAAGGCCUACACUUGAUUUCCAGUCGAAGACUUGGUACUCUCCAUGUCUGUAUGCAAUGUGUCCCUAUGUGUGUACUGCACGUGAUUUUGCCCCUGCUAUACGUUCCUGUUGCCUGUCCCUGUGUGUGUACCGCACGAGAUUUUGUUGCUAACACGCAUUGCUUUGACAUGUCCUUGCAACACGAGCCCUCGUUUUUCCUUGUCUCCACGAAACCCUUAUGACAUCACUUAUCGUUUUUUUGGUCCAUUUUAGUUAGGGCAGAGGCGAGGUUCAUAACACAUGACGUAGGUGAAUGCAAGGAAGUAACUCAACAGGUAGUGAACUAUAUCAAAUGUCGUUAAGUAAUCUCUUUCAUCCGUAAUUCCACAUAGUACAUACAGUUUAGUGGUAAGUAAGUCUAUUUUCUGUUGUGAGCCAAAUUUGUGACUUGCUUGAUUAGUAAACGCAGCAGUAGCUUGGUGUUAGAGCGCUGAACUGCGGAGAGGGAGGUCGCGAGAUAAUUGACACGACCCGACAACUUAACGUCUAUCUAUGUUUAUAACUAUUUCAAAAACUGGUUGCCACAAUUUGGUUAAGUUGCUUUUUAAGUUUGAGGUUUAGUUUUUGGUCCUGGGAUUUUUUUUAACCCCGAUUUUUGCCCCAUGUGAUCAUCCCCGUCACAGUAAAAUGCGGACCACUCCCCUGGGAGAGGUAUAGUUAGGUAUCAGAGGGCUUUGUCUGUCAACAGUCUUAACAAAGAGGAACGUUUGUAAGCACCAUAAUUUUUAGGUAACCGCGACAGCUCUCUUAUUUUUCUUGAUUUUAAACAAAUUACGAUGAUAUGUGAUUUCCCUUUUAGGAAUUUUUUAAAAUCCUUGUCCAUAAUUUUAAAGUAAUUUUUAAUUUUCCAAUUUUUAUCAUGUAGUUAUAAUUUACGCAAGGCCCCUUUCGAUACAAGCCAAUGGCUGAUAGGGCUAGCCUGCCUAAAUAAAGUUGACUUGACGUGACUUGACCUGACUUGACCAUGUUACUUUCUCAAGAACUGUAUUUGUAACCUUUUUUAAAAUUAGCCUCCGGUUCCAGACCGAAUUAAUAAAACCGGCAACAGCUGUAUCUCACAAAGCACCACAGAGGAACGUAUCUUGGUGUAUAAUCAGCAUGUGAUUGUAAAAGAUACAAUUCGUGCAUGUCAGAAAGUGCCGAAUAGUUGUGUGCGCCUGCCUCAUACAGUCACGUAUUAUCCGGGAACCAAGUAUAGCAAGAGCGUCGAUGUCGGCGUUUGUGGGGGAGGCUGUCUAGAGGGCUUCGCUUGCAAAUCUGUCAUGAAUGCAACAGAAGCCAUACGCAGUCCAAAUGGUGAGUAAAUCAAGCAUGUACAGUGAGACCUCGAUGUAACAAGCUCUCUGGCACCCCAGUUAUAGUUACAUGUAUCGGACAUCAUCCGUAUCCACCACCGCGGUCAAACGUCUAAAUCGUUAUUUUUGUUUUUUAUUGCUGGGAUUUCAUUUACCAGUUAGAGAAAAAUGGGCAAAGAUGUAUAAAUCAGUUAGUCAAAAUAACUCUCUUUCCAUUUUUGAGCUUUUUUUGCUGAAAACGCUUCGCGCUAAAAGAGAAUCAUGUUUGAAAAUGGCGCCGAUAAUAACGUCAGCAUCGGUUUUCAAUCACUUAGAACUUUUUUAGUAAACUUUUAAAAAGUUUAGUAAACUAACAGGAUGUUGAUAAUUCCUUAAACUUUCGAUAGUGAAAGUAGCAACCUUAACUUUGAAGUAUUUCGCUUAACUUUUGCAAAUUUCACUCGUUUGACCUCUGUGAAUCCGUAUCCUAACAUAACGCACUCCCGUCCCAGUCCCUCGGUACUUUUCAUUGCUGGUUUACAGAUGACGUCAUGGUGGCCGCCGUCUUGGUUGCCAAGUACAACAGCUUUUCGCUCCGAUGGAAACUCGGACGAACUAAUCUUCGUUAUAGCUAGAAAUUUAAGCCGCCCAUUUUGCACCCUCUCGUCAAAACUAUAACGUUAUUUUCUCGAUCUUUAACGAUGGUAGUUGUUAUAAUUUGUCUUUCAAAGGUGUACGAGGCAUUCCAGUCAUAAAGCAGUGCUCAUGCGUGAAACCAUACUGCUACAGAGCAACACAUUUUGAAGCGUUUCUUGAACAAUACGCUGAUGGUAAAGGAAAGAUGGCUACCAGGACUAAGGUAUAUAAACAGCGUUAAUAUCAAAGAUGCAUCGAAUAAGAGUAUUUAACAUAUUUGAAUUUUUUUUUUCAAACGGCAACUUGAGAACACUAGAGGCUUAUCAUCGUCAGCCGUGAAAAGGCCAAAAAAUAUUGACCGCGGAAAAAAAGGUGAACAGAAACAAAUCUGACGUCCUCAUGUGUUUUACAAUGACGGAAAUAAAGUGAAACAUUUAAAAUGAUUCAAGGUGGAUGGGAAAAAUAAAAGGUAGUCGUUUAACUGCCAAAUUAUAAAGUAUAGAACAAACAACAACCAAAUUUAGUCGCUCCAACCGGUAAGAAUGGCCCUCCAGCAGUGAUCACGUCAGAAGAGGAAAUUUCACCACUCGUUUGUAAGCAUAAUUCUUCUUACUUUCACUUUUUGUAUGUGGGUAUUCUUGGAUCGGGAAUUCAUUAAUUCAAACUGACUUCGCAACUUUAAAAUCUCAAACUGUGGUGAAAUUUGCUCCUCUGACGAAAACGUGCAUAAGAGCUAAGAACAUUUCGAAGUUGCCCGAAGCCUCUGUUUCCUUUCAUUGGGGUGAAAAUGAUUAAUUUAUUCUCAUGCAAAUAUAACUCAUUUUCACAAGAAAGGUUUUGCACUUAGAGCCUCGUUUUGAAAGUGAGCUUUUGUGGAACUCGCAAGUAGCCUAUUUAUAAUACUAUGGUGUUUUAAUGGCAAUCACUUCUUAGCUUUCUUUCUUUUAGUCUAACGUCUAGUGUCAAUGCGUGACUUAACUCUUAGUAAUAGAGUUUUUUCUUUAAUAUAAAAUAAUUACACCUCUUUUUCUUUUCAGUUGGUGGACAUGGGUAAAUGCGUCUAUGAAGACUCCUGCCCCUCUUACAAGAAUCGUGAUGGGUGAGUCAAUAGGCCACUUGCACUAAGAGGUCACGUGAUCAACGCUUCCUCUAAACAAUGAGUUGGAAUCUUGCUGAUGCCAAAAAUCGACAGAGCACAUAAAAAUUAUCUUACAGCCGAAAUUUGAGAGGAAAAGCAUUUAAGGGAGAUAUUUUAUGGCACUUUGAUUUUUCAACAAAGUAGUAUGAAUUGUAUUGGCCGCCAUGUUGGAGGGCAAACUCUUGCCCUCCAACAUGGCGGCCAAAACUACUGUUUGCUUAUAUCUUGGUAAACGUUUGAUAGUUACGCUCAGAUGUGCUGUAAACGUUACCACAUCAUCUUUUCAACAUUUUCCUCGAAGUUUAAGUGCAAAAUUUGUGUUCAGAAAGAGGUAAUUCAUAAUUUUAAAAAUCACAUUUUGGUCACGUGACCAUCUACGAUCUUACUCAUUUUAAGAAAGUGGUGCGGGUUUGAAAAACCAAAUCACUAUUAUUCUGUUUAAGAUAUGACCCACCAAUCGUUUUUUGAAGACAAAAUCAUAUAAAUUUCAUUUUCAUAAAAACGAUGUCACAUGAACUCUUAGUGCAAAUGGCCUAUUGUGAUACAUGGAGGUCCGAAAGCCAAACUCAAGUGAAAAUUCCAAAUUUACUUUCGCGUCAUUUUUUUUUAAAUUUUAAUAACGAAUAACAAAUACUCAUUCGUGAAAAUAAACGAACAAUGAAAACCGAUUCGCGGCCCUUAUGUCAUACCAACUGAGCACAAUUUUAACUGAACCAACAUUAUGAAAGAAUUAUUUUAGCCCACUGUGGACCUCAUUUCAACCCUGAAGUCCAAAUGUAAAUAAGCGAUAACAUUGCGCGGAACAUUAUACGUUUCUGGGAAACUACCCACUUACCCGUCCCCCAAACCAACAUUUUGUCGUAAGUGAGAAGUUAGCGUUAAUGUUGGCUUAGGGAAGGGGUAGGUGGGCAGUUUCCCAGAAACGUAUAAUGAACGCGCUUGGCACCGUCUUGAAUAUUCACCGUAAAGAACUGGGCUUGAUCUUGUGGCGUCACUGGAUAAAAAAAAUAUCCGGAUUUGGCGUCCACACGAUUCCAGAUUCAUAGCGGAUUCAGACAUUUCCACAUAUGGAGAGCGGAUCCAAAAGGUUGCGGAUUCGUAAGGCGGAUACACCGGAUACAUGUAGACGGAAGCCGAAUUCGCAAAGAAAAAGUUGCGGAUCCAAAAAUAUCUGGUUAUGUGUGGACGGGGCCUAAUUCUUUUUUAAACCUGGAUACAGUCCUUUAGAAUAUAACUCCAGAAAAAUUCCCUAACAUUUGACAAAUUGAACGAAAUGGAAAAAGAGCGAUGAAUACUGAAACAGUGUGGAUUCACGUUUUUAUGAGACCCAGUCUCACAAGACGUCGGGCUCUGACAUGGAUAGGAUGCCUCAAAAUUUUUAUCACUCGACCCAGGCACAAAAUGCCCAGGGCCAAAGAUAUUAAUUCUACAUAUUUAGCAAGCUGUAAAAAACGGAGAUUUACCUACAAUCGAAAACAAUCUGUGGCCUCGUUUAUUACAAGUUUUCUUUUCUUUUUGUAUUCUAGCUUAUUCUGUUAUUUAGUUUAACAAAUUUGGGGUUAUAUGCACUUUAAGCUAAAUAAGCACUCAUAGACACGAUCCCAGCCCUUUGAGUAAUGUGCAUGCCAUUUAUCCAUUUUAAUUUUCUACUCUCUGCAUGUAUCACUUAAUCGUAAAACAAGCAUUACAUUGCGUAGACCGUUUUUCCUCAUACACUGCUUAGCCAAACGAGCUCCGAUGACACACUCACAGGCAUAUCACUUAGGGCAUGCCUUUUUCAUUCAAGCGAAGCACAGACGCAACGAAAUCAUUACAAACGCCUGAAUAAAAGGCUGGCCUUGAAAUCUACAGUCACUUCAUGUUGGUUUUUUGAAAAACAAAAUCGACCUACUUACACAUUGACUCUUUUAUUAUUUCCUUUCAAAUAGACCAAGAAGAGAUCCGGCCUCAUGGCCGCCCAGAUUUUGGCCGGACACCUUAUGUGAAUCGGAGAAAAAGAAGUACCACACAUUUAUCACAAGUGGAGGUCGUCACAUGAACAUCUCUACCAUAGAAACGUGCCACUGUGAGUCCUAAGAGAGCACAAUGGAUACUCAAGCCAAGUGUGUGUUUCUCACCGAUUAGGCUAAGCUAAAAUCUGUCGUUAAGCUUUCACGUUGCCAUUUAUUAGGAUUUUUGUCAUUUGUUUCUACCAGAGCUACCUCUUUCCCUUUAUGUUUGUAGAAAUUUUUUAAGAAAUUGCUCAAUUUAGAAUUGCGAAGUAACUCAAUAAAACCUGUGUGUAU